AUGCUCACUUCGAAUUCCAAAGAGAAGGAAAGGUCUCUCUCCUUGUUAUGUUGCUGGUACUUAGGCCGAAGACGAGUCGCAAUGCUGCUCCUUCUCAGCCUUGCGUUUGUUGUCUUUGUAUUGGGCUCCUACACUAUCAACAAAGAGAGCAAUAGUCCAAACAUUCAUCAGAGUAUUGAGACGAUGGGUUUUGGAAGCAACCAAACUCCGAUAACUAGAGAAUUGACUUCUUUCUAUACUGGGACCUCUACUAAUGAUCACGUUGGAGAUUCGUUUAUGUGGAAUGGCGUUGGAGGAAGUGACGUAGGCAUCAUCCAUCCUCCUCCAUCACUCUCUUGGCGCCAUCCUUGUGAUAGUUUUGCAUUUCCUCCUCCUCCUCCACCUGGACUCAGAAGGCCUGGACCACGCCCGUGUCCGGUAUGCUAUCUAUCUCCAGAAGAGGCCUUAGCGCAUAUGCCAAAGCUUCCGUUUGAAUCUCCUGUUCUCAAGAAUUUGACAUAUAUCCGUGAAGAGAGUCCUGUAAAGCUUGAAAAUAGUCAAGGAGGCUCUGAAUUUGGAGGUUAUCCUUCGCUUGAGCAUAGAACUAACUCUUUUGACAUAAAAGAGUCCAUGGCAUUGCAUUGCGGAUUUGUCAAAGGAACGAAACCGGGACAUCAAACUGGAUUUGACAUCGAUGAGGAGAUCCUUCCUGAGUUAGACCAGUUCCAUGAUGUGAUCGUUGCUUCAGCGAUAUUUGGAAAGUAUGAUAUAAUUCAAGAACCGGUGAACAUCAGUGAAAUGGCGAGGAAGAACAUCCCUUUCUACAUGUUUGUUGACGAAGAAACGGAUUUAUAUCUUAAGAACACUUCGAGUUAUACAGACGAUAACAAGAGAGUUGGAUUGUGGAGGAUCAUUGUUGUGCAUAAUGUUCCUUACACCGAUGCAAGGCGUAAUGGAAAGAUUCCGAAGCUUCUUUUGCAUAGGUUAUUCCCAAAUGUCCGGUACUCUAUAUGGGUUGAUGCAAAGCUCCAGCUUGUUGUAGAUCCAUAUCAAAUACUUGAAAGGUUCUUGUGGAGAACGAAUUCGAGUUUCGCAAUCUCAAUACAUUACAGACGUUUUGAUGUGUAUGUAGAGGCUGAAGCGAAUAAAGCCGCUGGAAAAUACGACAAUGCCUCGAUUGAUUACCAAAUAGAGUUCUACAAGAAGGAAGGUUUAACACCUUACACCGAGGCUAAGCUUCCGAUACCAAGUGAUGUUCCUGAAGGAUGUACCAUCAUAAGAGAACACAUACCGAUCACGAACCUUUUCACUUGUGUUUGGUUCAAUGAAGUGGAUCGGUUUACUUCUAGAGAUCAACUAAGCUUUGCGAUUGCAAGAGACAAGAUAAGAGAGAAAGUAGAUUGGAACAUCAAUAUGUUCUUGGACUGUGAAAGACGCAACUUUGUGAAACAGGUUUAUCAUAGAGACAUUUUGAUGAACAUGAAACCUCCUCGAGCUUCUUCUAAGGUUCUUCCCGAGCCACUGCCUUUGCCACGUGGAAAAUUUGUCGGUGGUAGAGCCAACAUGGGGAAGAAGAUUCCGGGACAACGUGGGAGAAGGCGUCACCGGAAAGUUUCAGCCGGUGGCAGAAACAUGAGAUAG